CAAUACGAUUGUUUUGAAAACAGUGUUUGAAUUUGUCGUAUUUCAAAUAUGGUUUGAGUUUGGUGUACAAACGUGUUUGUGCCAGACAGGAAUGUUUGUUGUCUGUCACACAGGUGAGAGAGAGCAUCUCCUAUUCUCCCAAAAACAAGAUCUGCUGAAAAGAAGGAAGCAGUUGCUCGAUAUUAAAUUGCAAUUGCAGAAGGAUAUUCACACUACUCAACCAAUCGACUUUGGUAGCAAGUAUGGGGCACUGUCUGAAGCAAAGGCUUUAUCAAUUGCAGAUAGAUUGCAUCACAGAUUUUCAGAUGUACGGUUUCUUGAACGAUUGGAGUGCCACAUGCUAUGUGGUUUGAAGGUUGUGGAUUACAAUAAAUCUAAACUGGUAGUGCAGUUCAGACCGUCUUAUCUGGAGAAGAUUCUUCCAGAGGUCUAUGCUAUAUGUCUUUUGGCAGGAAAUAAUGGUCAUUCUGUUGAGAAGUAUUAUCUACCACAUUCGGUACAGAUGAGAACAGUGGUACAACGAUGGUCUCCUCUCAAACAGGAAAAUUUGAAAAACUUUUUGCUAGAUAUAAAACAGCAGAUAAAUGCUUUCCAUCAUCGGCAGAACCAGGUGCUGGAACUCAAGGAAUGGGCCAACAGUCAAAAUAUAACACUAAAAGUAUUCCAUCCAUUCUCAUUAAAUUAUAUUGUAAUCACUGUAAGAAUGGAUGACACUCUGAAAACAACGAAUUGUGGAUCAGUGAAUCUGGUAAUCCAUUAUGAUUCAGAUUGUUACCUACCAACAACAAUUGAUAUUGAGAGCAGUGAAAUGGAGGAGGAAGAAUUAGCUGUUGCAAAGGAACAGUUUUCAGGCUUCAAAUUAUAUUAUUUGAGAGAAGCUUUUGAAAUAUGCUGCAUUAAAACCGAAAGAUUUUCAUUGUCUACAAAGGUAGAUGUACCAAAUGAAAACUUGAAUGAAGAGGGUAAUGAUAGCAUCUCAAUAUCAGAGGAUGUGAGCAGCGAUGCUGUCCCUGAACAAGUGAACAGAGAAAAUAGAUUGUUGCCAAUUGUGGAAGAAGCAAGAAAGUCCAAAUCAGAAUUGUCAGCAAAAGGAGAAAGAAACAGAAAUGGACAUAAUAGCUCAGCAUCAUCUGAAGAAAUUAUUGCGGAAAGGAGCACGACUGAUGCACCUGAAAUGAUGGAGACAAGAAAGUCCAAAUUAAAAUCUUUGCCAAAAAGAAGAAGAAAAAAGAAUAAAGAUACAGGCACAUCCUUAGCUGAGGAUGAUGAUAUUGCAGAAAUGAGCACAAGUGAUGCCUCUGAAAAGAUUGCUGAGGUUCACUUACAGUUGGAAGCCAAAAGGAGUUUAGGCUCGGUCCUACAGAAAGCAAAAAAAUCAAGGCCUAAAUCUUCUACCAAAGGAACAAGGAAAAAGAAAAGCCCACAUAACCAUUCCACAAACCAAGUAACAAAAGAAAUCUGUACACCUGACCAAACAAAUAAAAUUACACGUUACAUUUUAAGAAGUAGAAGAUAAUAAGUCAAUGAUGCUGUGUGUGUGUAUGUAUGUAUGUAUGAAUGAAAACCAUUUGGUAAAGCACUAUGUACUAUGUAAUAUAGAUGUCUCUAAAGCUGUGUUGUAUGAAGUAAUAAUCUGUUACUACCCUUCUCUCUCUCUCUCUCUCUCUCUCUCUCUCUCUCUCUCUCUCUCUGUGUGUGUGUGUGUGUGUGUGUGUGUGUGUGUGUGUGUGUGUGUGUGUGUGUGUGUGUGUCUGUGUUUGUAAAACUUACAAAUGAUAAAAGUGAUAAAAUAUAGGUUGUCAGUUUAAAAAAAUUAAUUUAAACCUUGAUGAUUUUGUAAUUUUUUGUCACCUAUCAAAAUAAGGUAACUUGAAAUAUUUAAGACUGUUGGACUUUUCAUUUUAGAGUUUUUUAAUCUCCAAAAUUAUGUGAUUUUUGACAAAUUUUGAAACCACAGAUUGGCCAUAUCUUCAACACUAUUUGACUUGCAGACCUUCUAGUUUCUUAUAAGGUUUAGAAAUAUGUGUUACUUGACAGUACUCAUAAGUGUACUAAAUUUUCUCAAACCAAUUUUUUUUAAAUUGAAAAUAUUUUAAUAACACAUUUUUUGUGCUGAAAAAAUUUUCUGUUGUAUACUAUUUACACCAAAUUACAUGACAGUAUUCCAAUGGGAAAAAUUGUGAAAUAAAUUUUAUUUGAUUGCAGUUUGCUUUGCCAGCUGUACCAAACUGCCCAUGGUUUUUAGGCUGUUUCGUAAAACUAAAGUUAAUAUCAAAUUAUAGAGCACAAAUUAAGCACA